AUGAUUGAAACAUCAUCUCAAACGAUUUCGGACAACAGGGAUAUACCAAUGAAUACAUUCGAGUCGGCCAUUAUAAAGGACGGAUCCGCAAUGGUCCCCUUCACAGGGUUUAUUGAUGUACUUGAUAGUAUACUAGGACUUCGAUCUAAAAAAACAGUCGCCACCAACACUGAUUCGGACGACUUCAUGGCAACAUGCAACAACGGACAUGAUCAAUCUAGCGAAAAUACAUUUUUUUCAAUCAGCAAAUCCAAGGUCAGAAAUGAUGAAGCCGAUCAAAAUGCUUCGGAUCUACUUUGUCGAACAGAUUCAACACAAAAUAGCAAUUCAGAUAUCAAUGAUUGUGAAGUCGACAUUAAUUCAUUGCCUUCAAGUCAUGCUUUAACAUUGGAUGAAACAAUAUUUUCAUCGUCUAAUAUUAACAUGUUAUUGGAUCAGCUGAACCCUAUAUUAAAAAGGAUGCAACAUGAAUUAUCACAAUCGAUAUCCAACAAAUGUCAAGGAAGUUUUAAUAUUUACUGGAUAUGGCGUCUCAAAAGAACAAUAGGUAUUUUAAAAUCUAUAAUUGCAGCAAAUAAAGAAUAA